CCCUAACUAACUAAAGGAGGCAGCAGACCUCCCCUCCUAACACAGGAACUCACUAACCCCCUAUCGUACCUGUCUUCGUCGCCGGCAGCCCUAAACGGCAGCGAACGACACCCUCCCGCUCCCGGAAUGAACGCAGCCACACCGCAGAACAGCACGCUCUCCCGACCUCCACACACACGAAUGCCUGCUCUUCCCUUCCCCUUUUUCAGAGUCCCACAGCUGCGCAAUCAGCCACACCUGACAUUCAUUAGUCCAUCACUUGUCAGUCCAAUCAAGGUAUCUUCGCCAAUUCACAUCACAGUACCUUCAGCUGUCAAAUAUGUAUAAUUAUUACAUUUGCUUCAAGGGUAAAAUGUGUGUCUGUAUAGAUUAGUGAUAGUCAGUGGGCUGGACAUCUUCACGCAUCAGUUGCAAUAUCAUACUGGUCUACUUCGGUCCCACCUUCCCACACAACACAGGAAGACGCACAACAAAAUUAAAACGGUGACUGGUUUGUCUACUGCAGCGGUCACUAGACUCCCCAAAAAGUGAUGCCAUGAAGACAAUGGAGCUUGUUUUUCUGCUCAUCUUCUUUCCUGUCACACUUUCAGCAAGACACUCCCUGAAGUUUUUUCUCACUGCUAUGGAUGGGGUCCCAAACUUUCCAGAGUUUGUGGCUGUUGCACUGGUUGAUGAAGUUGAGAUGGGUUACUGUGACAGCUACAGUAAGAGUCCAGAACUCAAAACGAGCUGGAUCAAAAAAAUAAUAGAAGAAGAUCCUCAGCAUCUUGUGUGGUACAUUAGUCAGUGUCUCCAUAACCAGGACCUCUUCAGAGCCAACAUUGAGAGUUUGAAGCAGCGCUUUAACCAAUCUAAAGGUUCCCACGUGUUUCAGAGGAUGAAUGGCUGUGAAUGGGAUGAUGAGACUGGAGACAUCAGGGGUUUUAAUCAAUAUGGCUAUAAUGGCGAAGACUUCAUAAUAUUUGACAUGGAGACAAUGACGUGGAUCGCUCCAUCACCACAGGCUGUCUUCACCAAACAUGAGUGGGACAGAAAUAGGCUUGACAAUCUUGCUUGGAAGAACUCCCUUACCUAUCUGUGCAACAAAUUCCUUAAGAAGUAUGUGAACUAUGGGAGCAGCUCCCUACAAACAUCAGAACGUCCCUCAGUGUCUCUCCUCCAGAAGACUCCCUCCUCUCCAGUCAGCUGCCACGCUACAGGUUUCUACCCUCACAGAGCCGAUAUGUUCUGGAGGAAAGAUGGAGAGGAGCUUCAUGAGGAUGUGGAACGCGGAGAGAUCCUCCCCAACCAUGACAGAUCCUUCCAGAUGAGUGUUGACCUGAACCUUUCAUCAGUCACACCUGAAGACUGGAGGAAGUAUGAAUGUGUGUUUCAUCUCUCUGGUGUGAAGGACGACAUUGUCACCAAACUGGACAAAGCAGUGAUCAGGACUAACUGGGUCACAGAGACGCCUACGGAUAUGACCAUCCCCAUCAUUGCAGUGGUUGCUCUUGCUGUCAUCCUCAUAGCUGCUGCUGGAUUCAUGUUUUACAAAAAGAAUAAAGCCAAAUGCCCUCCAUCUUCUUCUGACAACAUCUCUGAGCUCUCUGAGCAACUGAAUCCAGAAGCCUGAGCACAGUGAGAGACUUCAUGUGGGACGAAGAAAAAUGAAACAAUAAUUAUUCACACUUCCAGUUAACCAAAGGUGCCCAGUUGUGUACACAAAAGACAAACUGUUUCCUAAUUCAGUGUUAAACGUCUGUCACAUUCUAGCUGAAAAAAAAAUCUAAAAAAAUGUUAAAUAAAAAAAAAUGUAACUAAUGAUAAUAAUAGUACAUUAACAGCAUAGUAGAUAAAUUAAGUCUGGUUACCAAUAUAUUCCAAAAUGUGAUAUUUUAGAUAAAAAUCAAUCAAUCAAUCAAUCAAAUGUGUGUUUUUGUGUUUUAUGCCUUGUCAUACCAUGGAGACUGUUUUCACAUAGUAUCAUUGUCUGCUUGAGUAUAUACAUUUAUAUUUUACUAGUGAAGCGCCCGUUCAAAAUGUGCCUGUUCGGAACGGGCCAAUUUCUCAUUACCUAGAGAGAGUUGUGCCCCUCCUCUAAACGCUUCUCAUACAGAUUAUAGAUAGACACUACAAUUUACCGAAGCUCCCUAAACACCUGAGAUGCAGGCUAUUGGUAGAUUCUACAAUAUAUCAAUGUUCCCUAGACGCCUCACAUGCAGGCUAUCUGGAGACUACAAUUUUGAGUUGAGCUGAAGUUGAUCAGAUGAACUGUAGUGCCCGUUCAAAACAUAAGACAUCCUGCAUUAUGUCUUGAACAUACAUACAAAGUUCUUACGUGUGAGGACCGGGAAUAGAGCUAUCUAAACUAUCUAAACUUUUUCAAUUCAUUCUCCAUGGUAGUUCUUACUACUACGGGUGUAAUCCCAUCUUGAACCACAAUGUGGGUUGCAAUGGCAGAGUGGCGCUGUCCAUAUUUCUACAUGUUGAAUCCAUGUCCAGAAGAAGAAGCAGAAGCAAGCUACUUAUCCACUCUGUGAUUAAUACAGAUUUGGAUGGUGUACCCAAGUCUGCAAGUUAGCUUAACACAGUGACUUUCAAACCAUGUCAGGCUAAUUUGAAUUCUCAAUCUAGCUAAAAGCAAAGAAAAGUGCAGUGUAUUGUUUUCUCAUGGGGGAGAUGAGAGUAAGUGUUGUGAAGUCAGCUUGGCCGGAUAGCCUUGUCAAUCAUCUUUCUCCUAAAUAUGACUGGGCAGGUAUUUAUUAUGUAAUAAAUAACCUUGCUUAGCCUCGCCUAACUGCAACCCAAUAACAAGGGAAGAGAGAGAGACUUUCUAAAGAAUUAUAUAGGCUAUGUCAAAGGCUAUGUUCUCAUACUUUUUAGGUGUUUACUAUAUGCACAUUAGAUCCCAAAUUACAUAAUUAAUAGCCAAUCAUGAAUUUGCCUUUCCAGAGGCUUUAACACUAUGGAUGUUAUCCCACCUUCAACCACAAUGUGGAUUGCAAUGGCAGCAUGGCGCUGUCUGUAUUUCUGCUCACUGACUCCAUGGUCAGAAGAAGAAGCAUAUCACCAUUAUCAAUGUAAAAAGGUAUUUUUAUAUAUUUCUAGAGAACCACUCAUCCAAACAACUUCACACAUCGACGUUGCACUUCCUUGUUUCCCUAACAAUCCAGCCGCUGGGUAUGAAGUAGAUCGGAUGAACAGUUCUCGAGAUAGGCGAAGGACAAACCCACACACAUACAUACCAACUCAGUCGCCAGAAGAAAACAUUGGCAUUGAACAUUUCUGCAAACCACAGA